AUCACCUUACAGAGCCAGGAAACCUUCUCUUCUGAGUCUCUCUCUCACACACACACACACACACACACACACACUCCUCAGUCAUGAAGCUGCUUCUCCUGAUUGGUGUUUCUGUUCUCAUCUGCCUGGAUGCUCUGACGGCUCUGGACGACGCCACACCCAGACAGGCCAAUUGUGAGAACUACAAAACUGACGCGUGUCCGCGCAAUCUAAUGCCAGUGUGUGGUGACAAUGGGAAGACCUACGCAAACGAGUGUCUGCUGUGUGUGGAGAGCAGGAAUCAAACCCAGACCAUCCUGGUGGUGAAGGAUGGAGACUGCAGCGCUGACAAGCCGUAACUGCUGAAUAAAUGAUAGUGUAACAAACGCUGACUUUAGCAGGAGUUUAUGACUUGUUUAUGAGUUUUUUCCCGCUUUCUUUAGACAUUAGAAUGAUUUAAAGCAGGAUUGUUUAUCUUUAUUUAUUUAUUUUUUUGCACAGCAUCUAUGUGCUCAUGUACACACUUUCACAGCUACGGUAUUAAAUAUUACAUUUAAUGUAGAAAUAAUUGUCUCUUUCUGAUGUGUAUUAUUGUUAAUAAAGCAAAACUCUAGAAUUAUAAAUA